GGCGAAUGUUUAACUCUUAUCCUCAAAUAGAAUUCAGUCGAACUUUAAAAUUCAUGAGGUGCGCAUAUGAGUUAUAACAUUUUAACGGCGGAAUUGCUGAAACCCGUUUGCAGCACUACUUUUAAUCGUUUGAAUAGUCGUUUCAUUAAAACAAAGUGGUCGGUGAAUGUUAUCGUUUUAAAUUACCUAUCGGUACUAUCGAUUAAGAUUUUACUAGCAAUAAACAACAUAUAAGAAAAAAAAAAUAAAAUAAAAUGCUUGAAGAUUUAUAAAUUUCGUAUACCAUUGACAAGUGACACAUCCAAUAAAUUUGCAAAUAAAAAAAACAUACCAACAUAUGUACAUGUAUCUAAAUUUUAUGAUACUUUGUCAAAAAGUUUAUUGUUUUCAGUGCGAAUAAAAAACUUAAAAAGACGAUGUCAUAAAAUAUUAUAACUGGUCCAAUGCGAAUUGAACAGAAUAACCCAAGAGUUACCAAUCAAAGUGAAUCACCAUAAGGUGAUUUGCGAAUCCGUUCGUUAUUUUCGCGCUGAUAAAAUAAAAGCCUCAUUUAUUUAGAAUUCUUAUCGAUAGACUCCAAAUAUACAUAGCGCUUUCUAUGUCUUUGAAAAAUGGAUAAAAAUUACAUUAGUUCUCCAAACGAUUUUCAACAUAUGGAGGGUACUGAAUCGGUUGAAUUCAAACGUACUUUCGCUCUCGAUGGGAUCGGUGAAGAUGAAUCCUUGCGGUUAUAUUUACGCAAAGCGGGACUAUCGGAUGAAAUUGAAUAUUUGACACCGGAACAGCGACGUGCCUUCAUUUACGAUAUUAUAAAGAGCAACAAGAUGCCGGGAUAUUGGAUGCCUUCAACAAUGAUAUCGCCAUCUCCUUAUAAUUUACCCACUGCAAAGUCAAAUGAGCGUUCUAAACCACCGCCACCACCUGCGCGCACCGUCACCGCUUCACCCGCUAUGCAACGAAAUAAGAACUCUGCCAUGCCGGUAGCACUUAACUACGCCACCAUUAGCAGCUCUUCGUCGAACAACAGCCUGCAAAGUUUGGACCAAAGCAGUCCCAUUGUACCUCGUCGUUUCCAACCAACACCACCCACGCCGCCUUCGCCCUCGACAUUUGUGACUAGCAUUAAAGGUGGCCGAUACGAGAUAAGCGGUCCAAUGAACUUUCAACACAUAGCUGGAGAUAUGACGCGUGAUCGGACGCGCAACGCAUUCGAUCUUACCAUGACCAUGAAUGAUAACGUACUGAGGAAGUAUCUGUUGGAACGCGGCAUUAAGGAGCAAGACUUGGCUGGCAUGCGCAAGCAGGAUAUCAUAAAAAACAUCGUACAAUCGAGGUUCACAUGGAUGCCACCUCAGCUCAAUGUUAAUGGAACUGUUAGUCAUCCUCCACCCAAUAUAAUGUAUGCCACGAUUUCUUCAUGCAAAGAACAUACACCACCCGGUUCGCCAAGGAUUUCACGCCCCCGAAAAUCAAUGAAUGCACCACCGCCACCACCACCACCUCCACCGCCACUACCAGCAACGUCAGCGUUAGCCCCAGCAUCAGCAACAACUUCGAGUAUAGCACCAAUGUCUAAUCAAAAACAGAUAUCAACACCUCCUCUAUCGUCAGCUUCAAGUGCUACUCCAACAACUUCAGCAGAUUCUCUGUCGAAUUUAAACAUUUUGGCUGCGCGUUUCGCAAGUCCUUCAGAGUUUCCCUCUAUCGAAGAUAUUUACAGCAACAAGACUGAGGUGGAAGCCAUAUUUGCACAGACAUCUACUCAGCCCAGACAGACUUAUAGACAAGCGCCCCCACCACCCGUUAAGCCGAAACCCUUCGAGGACGCGCCUCCACCACCACCUUCUCUUAUCCAGGUUAAAAACAAUAAAUCUUCAGUGAUUUACCAUUCCAAUCAGAGUUUGGAUAGCCUCAACGAGUGGACGAGCGAAGAUGAUAGUGACAAUAAAAUCUUAUAUGGCAGAACGAUUGCCGAUCGAGCUAAAGUGCCACCAGCACCCAAGCUAAUGGUACUACCAACUACCGUCAGCAAUGAUUAUGCUUUAACGAAAUCGGUAAAUAGCCAAGAUGGUGGUAGUACAGCUACCUCGGUAUUAUAUGCUAGCAGUGUUGGCAAUAGAAAGCAAACUCCGCCACCAACACCUCCAAAGCCUGCGCUAAAACCACAAUUCUUUGCGAAGGUUUCAGCAGUGCCACCACCGCCUCCCCCUCCUCCAUCUCUUCCCGCACCAGAAGUUGCAGCGGCGUGUGUAUCUAAAACCUCAUCUCGUGCGCCAAUUGUUAUCAGCAAGGGGAGUGGGGCAUCGCCACCACCACCGCCUCCACCACCGCCACCUUCUACUAAUAACGCGCCUAUGCCACCACCACCACCACCUUCUACUACUAACGCGCCUAUGCCACCACCACCAUCACCCAUAUUAAAUGCAGCAGCUAAAAGUAGCGGUGGCUCACCUGUAGCUCUAUCUACAGCUAAUGAUAGCGGGGACGCGCGUGGCGCUUUGCUAGAUAGCAUUCGAAAGGGCGUCGCCUUGAAGAAAGUCAACCAGAAAGCUGCCACAAUCAGUGGCGUCAAGCCACGCGCCGAACGCAAACCACCAGCUAACGACUUUCUUUCCGAAUUGAAAAUGGGUAUUACAUUGCGACGGGUAAAGGAUAAGAAUCACAAUAUUUAUGCGGAUGAAGAUCCAGAUGAAUCGCAAGCUUAAGAAGGAUCGGUUUAUACAAAAACACACACUCCGGUUUAUUUGCAUAGCAAGAAUGUAUUUAUGACAAAUAUAAUAAAUAUGAAACUCAAGAAAUGUUUAGAUGUGCUAAGAAUUAAUUUGCCAUUACUUUUAUCAAAUUGUUUGGAAAGAUAAAUCGAACUGUAUAUCUAAAAUCGCUGUACCGCAGCAAAGUCAAGACUAGAUUCUGAUAACAAGAUUUAUGGUUAGUAUCAAUAAAAGUGGUCCACCAAUGUAAAGGG